AUGCCAGGAGGACACGCAAAAGAGCGUCACAAAAAGAGCACAAGAGCUGGCGGCUGGAAUGUUCCGGCACCAGCUACCUUGAAUGCAAGGCCAGAGGCCCCUGGCCUCAAGUCAAAACACCACUCUUACUUUGAGCUUGUCGAAAACAAGGACAAAAAGAAGAAGCUCGAGUUCAAGGCAUGGUUCCCUCAACCCAUCACCAGCGACAGACAGCCACCUCCAGGCUUCGAAUUUGUUCCUAUCGGCAACCCGGAAUUAACGACUGCCUGCAAGGAGCUGUCGCGUGAACAAGACGCGUUGAUAUUCAUCGUAUCCACGGACAAGCGGGCUGUGGCUGCGUCACUAUCAUACCAAGUCAACCGAAUUGGACAUCACAUACGGCAGAUGAUCGUUGAGCAGGCACGGGCAUCGAUUGGCGACAGCGAUCAUUCCUCAGUGGGACAGAACCUGUCCGGCCUUCCAGAGCCCAUUCCGGGUGCGACGAAAAAAGGCGAGCCGUUGGUCGGCUUGGCCAAAGACAUCACACUGUCCCGCCGUGUACAGCUAGCUGUGCUAGCGCAUAUCCGCCAUACCCAUACCCGAUACGACCGCCUUCUAAAAGAGACGUCCUACGCAAACGCCCGAAGGACUGUUGAGGCACUAUGCCUAGAUAUACUCGUCAAGUGGCGAGGCGAUGAAGAAACAGGGCGCGACCAGCUCGACGAGAUCCUCCGCGAGGUGAUUGUCAUCUCCGAUUCCGAGGGUGAAGAUGAUGGCUAUACUAGCGACACUGCAAACAGCGAGUCAGAUGACUCGGUCGAGGACAUUACUCGGCACGCUGCACCUGACCGGGUCAGCCCUGUGGUUGGCUUUGCACACUAUGUUGUCAGGCCUCCGGCAGUAGAUGCGCGCUCCACUACAGAGGCACCUGCAUAUGACUUUGCGCAGGACGCCAGGAGUGCUACCGUGUCCACAUACGUGAGCGCGCCGUCGCAGACCUUUGAGAGUCUCGGCGUGAAAAGAGGUCGCCGGGGAUUCAGGAGAUACGAAGCGGCCUUGACGGCACGCUGGGACGAGGCUAAGAACCGGGUUCGCCUGCAGGAAGAGCUUCCAGGUGGCCCAAAUGGGCCCACAGCAGAUCGUCUGGAUUCGCAUUAUGAGCCGCCACAACAGGACCCCUCUUAUGCACUGGAGCCUCCAUCUUACUGGGAACUGUCAGAGCGCAGGGAAGCUGUGCAGGAUCACGGCCGGCCUGCCGGCUAUGGGGCGCAACGUCGUGUUGUCCAUCCGUCCGCCAUCCACGGUGGGUAUCCGGCAUAUGAGUAUGACCAACCGCCUAUGCAGCUGUCAGGACCGUAUCCAGAUAUCAGUGCUCCUCCGCUACCGCACAGGGUCUUCUCACAUCCCCUGCCAAGAAAUAAUAGUCCCCGUAAUGGGCCAGGCUAUGACCUAAACCCAAGGGCAAUGGUAAGAUCCCAAGAAGUUCAAGAUUAUCUGGUGCCGUCCAUUGAGCCUUCGUCGCCGACUGGCGAAUCGGACGCCUUCGUUCCUAUUCUAGUGCGCACGUUGCCGCCUCGUCCUAGCGCUCAGGAGAGCUAUCAUGGCGAGGCUCUGGCGCGUUAUGACAUGCACCACUCACCUAGUUGGGGAGAGGAGUCAUAUGAUAAUGUCAAGCACAGGCGUGUUACGAGUGACUCCACUUUCAUACGGCUACCGCCUCAUCAAGAACCGCAUCCUGUCUAUGUAGCCCGCGAGGAUCACCACGGGCAAGGUAUUGUUCCCUACGUCCGGGCGCCACCUUUUGGAUCAUCCGUUCGUGCACAAGCACAGGAGGACUAUCGCCAGGCUUCAGCUUGGCCCAUAGCACAACCGACUUCUCUAGGGCCUGCUCCCGCACCUGUGAUGCGGGCGUACCACCCAAUUGGUGGCCCCAUGCGACCAGUGGUUGUCGAUGACUGGCCUGUGCAUGCGCCCCAGCUUGCACCCCAAGUUGGGAUGACUUCAAUCUCUCAGGCUUUUCAGGAGAACAACCCCCGAGAGCGACGGAUGCCUGAGGCUCGUCGAGAAAUGUACCAUUUUGCUGGUAACCUUUCUGACUCGUCUAUGGACGAGUACAUAGAAAGCCAGCCUCGAGCUCCUUUGCCAUGGGAUGACCUGGGCUGUCGCCAGUCCUUGAAAAGGACUGCUGAUGGAGCCAGGUUUAAUGGGGAAAAUCCCUUUCGGUAUGACCCGCAGGCAUCACGGCCUCUGGAACAGCAAUCUGCCGCCGUGUUUACAGCUCGGUAUGGUCAACAACACGAUCGUGCUGGGCAAUACCCCUCUGGCCUGCCGAUGUCUGCUGCCGAUGUGCAGCCAGAUGCUCGAUACUUCCACCGGGUGGACAAUGCUUGGCCUGAGUAUGCUGCUUUCUAUCUUGUCGACGUGGGAUUCGGUUUCUAA